AUGACCAGGGAAAUGUUCUGGAUGAACAGCAGCAAUGUGUUUCUAGGACUCUAUACUUUUUUAUUGAUAUAUUUAUUGGUCAAUCUGAUAACCUUGCAGUACGGAGCGAAAGCGUCACCAAGAGUGAAACGGUUCGAUGAAGUGGAGAUGGUUGAGGAUGGCAGGCAAAUGGGCGUCCGUGAGGUCGCGCGAGUCAAGUCACUGGAGGAUUGCAUGCAGCUCUGUCGGCAGUGCGCUGGCUUAGUUCAUUAUCCGGAUAAUGUGUGCAUUAUUUUCAAUACUCUUAGCGGCAAUGUGUUAUCAUCGUUUGGCGCAACAUGCUGCUUCGCACAUCAGGGUAAUCUAGAAGGCCAGACAAAUCUCCUUAAUGUGUGGACACGAAAUCCAGAAACAAAUUUGUUGUAUAAGGUUAUUCCAUACGACUGCGAGCAGACGCCUGCAACAUACGAGGAACUCUGCGUUUCAGAAGGUGGUCAUUUAGCAUCAAUACAUUCGCAACAGGAGGAUGCAUUUGUCAGUGGUUAG